UUUUGCCAAAAAUUAUGGCGCCAUCUUUGAAACGGAUGUUAGCAAUUGGAAAACAUUAGCGCCAGCAUGAAAGUACGAUAGAGAUAGGGGGGAUCAAAGAAAAAUGGCCGUCAAGUUAAAAUCGAGAAAUACGAAAAACGAACGAGAGUGUAACGAUCGAAUGUGAAUAUAAAUCGAUGGUUUUUUACGAAUUAAUUACGGAAUAACGAACAAAAUGCGUAACGAAAUGACAAUGUAUACGUUAAAACCAAUUGUUUCCCUGCCACGAAUAUUGCAUCAUAGAAAAAUGAUGUACGAAAUGCGAAAUAUUCAUGAAGAAUCAACAGACGACCAUACGGAAGCCGAGAACAAGAUCGUGCCUGAUAUCACUGAGCAGGUUAUCAGCUUUUUAAAGUAAGCAUGGUAGCUACGAGUGUUUCUUCUGUCUCGAGCUUGUUGUGCAUGACUCCUCCCAAAAUUUCCACAAGCACUAAUCACGAUCGACCGGGAAUAUGGUUCUACAGGCUUGAUCGAUGCUUGCCCCUCCAAUUUUUCAUCUAACAGGACACUACGCGACUACGAGUCCGUUACCAGAAUAUAAUGCACUAGAAGCACGACAAGAAAAAAUAUUAGCACAACUUGCAGAACUUAAGAAACAAGUUUCAACACUUUCUGGAUUUUUAAAACAGACAAAUCAAGUUGCAGCAAUCAAUAAAAGUGUCACAAAUCAGGCAGUUAAUAUAAAUCUUAUCAUUAAUGUAAAUCCUAAAAGGCCACCAUACUUUAUAUCUGCAUUACAAAAGUUAUGGGAAGAUACUGAUAUUAAAGUACAAACUUAUGUUCAUUCAAGUCUUAAUAAAGAAGGAUCUUUUAUUUAUCAAUCAACUACAAGUUCUCCUAAGAAUAAUAUUAUUAAUUUAUCAUUAAUUUGGAAAGAUGUUGAAGAUCUGCAACUUAUAUCUGGUCUACAUAGUUAUUAUAUAACUGGUGAAACAAAUUUUCUAAGAUAUAUAAGUAGAUUAAUAAAUUCACAUAAUUAUGAAAACUCUGAUUGUGUAGAGAAAUUAAAUACUAUUGAUUUGAUAUUAGAUUUAUGUCAUUCUUUAUAUUUUGAAGAAUCAUCAAAGAAAAAACAAGAAAUAUUAUCAUUAAUAGCAGAUAAGUUAAAUAUAAAUUGGUCAAAUAAAAAAAAACUUGAUAUAGCAGAUAUUGCUGCAUGGUCUGCAAUUAAACAAAUUUUUCCAAAUAAAUAUCCACCAAAACUUAACAAAUGGUUUGAAGCUUGUGAAAAAAUUUUUAUAUAAAUAAAAAUCUCUUAAUAAAACAA